AGGUAAACCCACGUUUAAAGUUAGAGACUUGUAAUUCUUGUUUUGGGAAAGUAUUGGGUGUGAAAGAAGAUGGAAAUAGAAAGAGUGAAUGAGAUUGAAGACAUGACAUUGUCUCUUCCAACAAUGGAGUCUAUGCAAUUUGCAGGAAGCACUGGUUUUGGUCCCAACAUUGAGUUCAUGUCUCAAGCUUACCUCAGAAACAGAUUCUCAGAGAUUGACAUAGAAGAUGAUUCCUCAAACAUGAACAAAGAUCACCCUCUUCCCAUAUUUCUCAAGUUUGAAGAUGUGGAGUAUAAGGUGAGAAAUAGCCAAGCUUCCUCUAUAAACCCAGUGAAGGCAGUGGUUUCAAACGUAGCUUCACAGCUGAACUUGGAGCAAGACAAUUACAAGCACAUUUUGAAGGGUAUAACAGGAAGCAUUGGCCCCGGUGAAAUCCUCGCACUGAUGGGCCCUUCCGGUAGUGGUAAAACGACCUUAUUGAAGAUCAUAGGAGGGAGAUUGACAGAUAGUAAUGUUAAAGGAAAUGUAACUUACAAUGACAUCACAUAUAUUCCAUCUCUUAAGAGAAGGAUUGGAUUUGUGACACAAGAAGAUGUGCUAUUCCCACAGCUUACAGUGGAAGAAACCUUGGUUUUCGCUGCGUUUUUGAGGCUUCCGGGGAACAUGAGCCGCAAGCAGAAGUACGCCAGAGUGGAGAUGAUUGUGAAAGAGUUAGGCCUUGAAAGAUGUCGUCACACAAGAGUGGGAGGAGGGUUCGUUAAGGGAAUAUCGGGAGGGGAACGAAAGAGAACUAGUAUUGGUUAUGAAAUUCUUGUUGAUCCUUCAUUGUUGUUGCUUGAUGAACCAACUUCUGGCCUUGAUUCUACAUCGGCUAAUAAACUUCUCCAAAUUCUUCAAGGAGUAGCCAAGGCCGGAAGGACUGUAAUCACAACGAUACACCAGCCUUCAAGCAGAAUGUUUCACACUUUUCACAAAUUAUUGCUGAUAUCAGAAGGGUACCCUGUGUACUAUGGAAAGGCUAGAGAGUCCAUCGAGUACUUUUCUUCAUUGGGGUUCAUCCCAGAAAUUUCCAUGAAUCCUGCAGAGCUCCUUCUUGAUUUAGCGACCGGACAAGUGAAGGACAUAAGUAUUCCUGAUGAUAUAUUAGCAGCACAAGGGACCGGUCUUGAUUCUGAGAAGACAGUAAUCAAGUAUCUGCAACUCAAGUACAAGACCAAGUUGGAACCAAAAGAAAAAGAAGAGCAUCAUCGGAACACGAAAGCCCCAGAGCAUCUUCAAUUGGCAAUUCAAGUUAAGAAAGACUGGACAUUAACUUGGUGGAAUCAAUUCUCAAUACUCUACAAGAGAACAUUCAGGGAAAGAUAUAGAGACUAUUUUGACAAACUAAGAUUAGUUCAAGCUCUUGGAGUUGCUGUCCUGUUAGGCCUUCUUUGGUGGAAAUCACAAAUUGCAACUGAGGCUCAACUAAGAGAUCAGGUUGGAUUACUUUUCUAUAUCUGCAUUUUCUGGACAUCUGCAUCAAUCUUUGGAGCGGUAUAUGUAUUCCCGUUCGAAAAGAUCUAUCUAGUGAAAGAAAGGAAAGCAGACAUGUACCGGCUAAGCGUGUAUUAUAUUUGCAGCACUCUCAGUGACAUGGUUGCUCAUGUGUUCUACCCUUCAUUAUUCAUGGUCAUAGUCUACUUCAUGGCUGGUUUUAAGAGGACAGUCCCUUGUUUCUUCUUGACACUCAUUGCCAUACUAUUGAUAGCUAUCACAAGCCAAGGAGCUGGAGAACUGUUAGGAGCUGCAGCUUUGAGUAUCAAAAGAGCUGGCAUGAUUGCAUCUUUGAUACUGAUGCUGUUUCUCCUCACAGGAGGUUACUAUGUCCAGCAUAUACCAAAAUUCAUGCAGUGGUUGAAGUACUUGUCAUUCAUGUACUAUGGAUUUAGACUGCUAUUGAAAGUGCAAUACUCAGGAGAAGAGUACUAUGAGUGUGAAAGCCAUGGUGGUUGCAGAACACUGCAGAGUUCUCCUUCCUUUGACACUGUGAACUUGAAGGGUGGAUUGCAAGAAGUCUGGGUUUUGCUAGCAAUGGCUCUGGGGUUUCGCUUGUGUGCUUACUUUGCCCUUAAAAGGAGAAUCAAUGUAUGCCAUCUUUGAAAGAUUUGGACAAAGAUCUCACAUUUGAUAAUGUCAAAUUAUGAGUAGUG